GCAGCGCACUUUGUUUUGGGUGCCAGUGUGUCCCCGAGAACCGUGAUGGGACGACGGGUCUCUACGCAAUCAUGAAAUAAUGGAGUCCCUCGUCGAAGUAGCGUCUUUACUGCAGUACCAUCUGUACCAGUGUAUGAUAGAAUACCCUGUUGCUUUUCCUCUAGUAUCAUGUGCUCUCAUCGCACUUCUCGUGUUGGUGGUAUGCCGCCUGCGCACCUCCUCCCCAAAAGCCAUUACAGAUGAAAUUAAGCGAGAAUUAAAGAGCAAAGUUGACGAUGUCAAAGACUUUGUCGGUGUCGGGACCAGACCUAGGUUCCGGAAACGUGACAAAAUCUAUUUCUAUGGGCGGAAGAUGCUUCGCAAGGUAAACUAUGUGCGAGAUAAGGUCAAGGCCAACAUUCCAACAAGGCCCGUGUCGUCUCGCUACUUGGCCAGGCGCUUUGCAAGGCAGUUUCUGGGCCGUGGCGAGAGGGACUCACCGCAGCUGGAGGUCAUUGAGCCACCGGCUGAGUACCUCCAGGAAGACCUGAUUCACUUCGAUCCCAGCGUGCCGGCGGAGUUUGUUUUCAUGCUGAAGAACAUCAGGGUCUUUGGCCACUUUGACAUGCCAUUAUUUUUGGAGUUAUGCAAGAGUGUUCAGACCAUUCAUUUGUAUAAAGGACAGCCACUCUUUAGUGUUGGUCAGACAGAUGAAAAUAUUUAUAUAGUGCAGACUGGACGUUUGAGUGUGUACGUGUGUGAGCCAGAUGGCACUACCACCUUUACGCUGAAAGAGGUCUUACCUGGAGAGUCUAUCAUCUCACUGCUAUCUUUCUGUGAUGUCUUGACUGGCCAUCCACAGCCGUACAAAACUGUCGAAGCCAAAGCAGAGGAAGACUCCAUUGUUAUGAAAUUUCCUGUAAAAGUCUUUGAGGAGACAUUCCGCAAGCACCCUGACAUGUUUGUACGUGUUAUUCAGAUCAUCAUGGUCAGGCUGAUGCGUGUGACCUUCAUGGCACUUCAUCAGUACCUUGGGCUUUCAGCAGAGCUUAUAAAUAAGGUGCCUAGAAGAGGGAGUACAGGCAAUAUUGUUCCUUCUUUAGCGUCUCCCAACAAGGUAAAACGGGACAGUUUAUCGACCCCUGAUGGUGACGGGGAUGACGAAGGCGAACACCAGGGUCCGGAGACACCCGUGAGGCAAGGCAGCCAGCGGAAAAUUGUCCUUGUUGAUCCAAAGGACGAACAAGAUGAUGCUCACACCUUGAAACUGGCCACGGAAAAAUUCCAGGGACUCUUACACCUGGAGUCCGAUGAGAUCCUAAAGGGGGCUGUUCAGGUGAGGGAUGUGCCAGCUGGGUCCUUCCUCAUGAAGCAGGAUUCAAUGCAAGAAGCGGCUCUGGUGUACAUUCUCAUGGGCACGCUGACAGUGUCCCAACACGCUCCUGACACACCUGAUGAUGUUCUCCUGUUCACUGCACACCCUGGGGACCUCGUGGGAGGCUUAGCUGUGCUUUCGGGUGAUCCAUCUUUCUUCACAGUAAAGGCAAAACAUUCAGCUCGAGUGGCAUCUAUCAGCAAAGAAACAUUUUAUGCUAUCAUCAAGAAAACACCAGAGGUUGUAUUGCAUGUUGCCAACACUGUCCUACGUCGCAUGUCACCUUUCGUGAGACAGAUUGAUUUUGCCCUUGACUGGGAACACCUAGAGGCUGGUCGAGCACUGUACAAACAAGGCCAGAGAACAGAUGCAACCUUUAUUGUUUUAAGUGGUCGGUUACGAUCUGUUAUCACUUUGAAAGAUGGCAGGAAGGAAGUCGUUGCUGAGUAUGGCAAGGGUGAUCUUGUUGGAAUUGUGGAGCUAUUAACGCAGACAGACCGUAGUACUACUGUUAUGGCUGUGCGAGAUUCAGAAUUGGCAAAACUGCCUGAAGGUCUUUUUAACAUUAUCAAGCUGAAACACCCUGUUGUGAUGACUAGGUUGAUAAAGCUGCUAGGGCAAAGACUUCUCGGCUCAUGGAAAUCGACAUCUACCUCCCCUGCACCACUUGGGCUCAACAUUGAACAGCGACCUUCUCAAAGCAAUUAUUCAACUGUGGCCAUAGUUCCUGUUUCAGAAGAUGUACCUCUUUCUCAGUUCACCCUAGAAUUGUAUCAUUCUCUCCUUUCCAUUGGUCCUGCAGUUCGACUGACCUCUGAAUAUGUGGUGCGUUCAAUGGGUACAAGUAUAUGGGAAUCAGCAAAUGAAUAUCAACUCAUAUCAUGGCUGGGGCACAUUGAGGACCAACACCGAGUGACUUUGUACCAGUGUGAUUCAUCCCUGACUGUUUGGACUCAGCGCUGUAUUCGUCAGGCAGAUGUGAUACUUACAGUAGGGUUAGCGGAGAGUGAGCCUCAAAUGGGCAAGAUUGAAAAGCAUGUUGAAAAAAUGGCAGUGAGGACUCAAAAGGUGCUAAUUCUCCUUCAUCGUGAGGAAGGACCCCCUCCCUCAGGCACAGUGCGCUGGCUCAACAUGCGGUCUUGGUGUCAGUCGCAUCACCACAUUCGAGCACCAAAGAGAAUGUUUCACAAGAGACCACCUUCAAAAAUUGUUGAAUACUACACUGACAAGGUGUUCGGAACCAAGCCCAAUGUACACAGCGACUUCUCUCGCUUAGCAAGACUUUUAACUGGCACAAGUGUCGGGCUCGUGCUUGGUGGAGGAGGAGCUAGAGGUGCAGCUCAUAUUGGCAUGAUCAAAGCAAUCAAGGAAGUUGGUAUUCCAAUUGACAUGGUGGCUGGUGUGAGCAUUGGAGCUUUUGUGGGUGCCCUUUACAGUCUAGAGAAAGACAUUACAAGAGUGACACAGAAAGCCAGAGAAUGGAGCAUGAAAAUGACAAGCAUAUGGCGCAUGGCCCUCGACCUCACCUACCCCGAGGUGUCCAUGUUCUCUGGUGCUGGCUUCAACAAAUUGCUUCAUGACGCCUUGGGUGACACCAACAUAGAGGACCUAUGGCUGCCCUACUUCACUCUCACCACCGACAUCACGGACUCCGUCGCGCGCAUCCACACUCACGGAGUUCUCUGGCGUUAUGUGCGGGCUUCCAUGACCAUAGCUAUGCUGUUACCACCAAUGCCUGACCCACUUGAUGGACAUUUACUGGUUGAUGGGUGCUACAUCAAUAAUGUUCCAGGAGAUGUUAUGCGAAACAAGUGGAGCGUGGGCAGCAUCUUAGCCAUCGAUGUAGGUUGUCAGUACGAGACGCAGUUCACCAAUUACGGCGACUGCUUGUCCGGGUGGAGUGUGCUCAUCAGAAGGGUCUUCCCAUUCAAGUAUUUCUUCAGAAAAGAGCUCAAGGUACCCAAUUUAUAUGACAUCCAAUCAAGGUUGUCAUAUGUGUCUUGUACACGGCAACUGGAAGACUUGAAAUCUAGCGACUACUGCGAAUAUAUUCGUCCGCCCAUCGACAAAUACCAGACUCUGCAAUUUGGUUCUUUUGACGAAAUUAAGGAAGUAGGCUAUCAACAUGGCAAGACAUACUUCAGUGGAAUGCUCAAGGGAGGCCGCACUGUGGAAAGUGUCUAUCACUUGAGUAACACUUGUGCAGAUCAUCGCAAGGGACAAAAGAUCAGCCUCGAUGCAUCACCCACUAACUUUACUGAUUUAGCUCAGAUUGUCUGCUCUGUUAAGAAGCCCACAGCCAACACAGUUCUUGAGGAUUCCUCAACAGAAUAUGACGAAGACGACGUUGGAGGGGGUUAUGCUUCAGAACCCAACACAAAUACAGAAUUUUUCCAUAAGGUUUCUGAUGAAUUACGGAGACGCAGAACAGGCUCCCUUUCCGACAACGAUAUGAUUGAGUUGAAUCAUGUCAUGAGUUACGCUGCAGGAGAGGAAGAGAAUGACGACGAAGAGGAGGAGAAUGAUGAUGAUGAUGACAAUGAUGAUGACGAUGAGGAAUAGAUGGAAACAAGGGAUUGAAAGAUUCUUUAAUCCUGCUUCACAGAAGGAAAUCAUGAGUGCCAUUCUUGUUUGUAUGUUUAACCCAGUGUGUGCGGGUGGCAAGACUACAAUACCAUGCCCACUGUAAUAAGAGGUUUAUCUAUUGUCUUUACAUAUAGAUGGCUCUACAAGUGUUUAGUCAUCAAGGAGUCAGCUAUUAGUCUUAUUUAUCUCAUUUUACAUUUUUCUUUAAUUUUUUUGAAAACUUCUCUUCUAUUAUUUUAUUGUCUUUGAUGUCAUUAAUAUUUUAAUAACAAUUUAAUAAGCAUAAUAUCAAUAAGAAUGAUAACACUGUCAAUAUUGGUAGUAGUGGAAAGAAAAAUGCAUUUUCCUGCCAAUUCAAGGAAUGUGGAAAUCAGGAUCAGUCACUAGGGCCAACUGAUAAGACUCCUUGCUGUUGAGUACACGUGGAGCCAUCUGUGUGUAACAAAACUCACUAAAAUCUAAAGGGGACAGUAAAUAAGCCCGCUGACAUUGGGUUAAGUAGUCCAUUCAUUUUAGACUUUCUUCUUCCAUAUCUGAACAUUUGUAUUUUGAAGUCUGUGAACCUGAAGAGAAUGCAUUUAUUUGAUAAUGAGCACAAAUGAUUCAGCUUUUCCUCUGGCUUGUUAACGGAAUAGCAUUGGUCUUUUGCUCAGAAGGGGAAGGGAGUUGGUUGAAAUUGGGACUAAAAGACAGGCUUCCUAAAAGGCUACUUACUAACAACUGCUUGCUCAAUUUGCUUCAAGAAUCAGCAGGGAACUAGCAUGAACAUGGCUAUGAAACAUUUCUCUUGAAACAACUCAAGUACUUUAGACUUGCAAUGGGACAGCACAGUAACUAGUUUUGUGUUUGGUUAUUUGUUCAUUAUCUUUAGUUCAUUCUCAGAAUAUAAAGCGAAAAAAGGUAUAUUUAGGGUGAAAUCGAGUUGUGAGAACUACAUCUUUAUACCUCAAUGACUCAACGACUUACCUCUGUCAUACAAUGCAAUUUUAGUUAGGCAUGAUUUUUUUUUCUUUUUCUUUUUAUAAUAAUAAAUUGUAAUUAAGUGCAUAAAUAAAAAAAAAAAUCAUAAAUUCAUCUCCUUUUCACAUUUGUGUACAUAAAUAUAUUUAUAGUUUCUAUUAACCCUGAGUCACUUUGGAGUCUCAUUUACUUUGUUUUCAAUGAUAUUAGCAAACUUGUUCUAAAUGUUGUAUGGUAGUAACCAUAGAGGAACUUAUUAGACAUUGUGAGUUGUAGCAGUUAUUCUUUAAGUUUUGUCUCCAUGGCUGUUUUACUUGUAUACUUUACCUUGUGAUUCAUUUUAUAAUUGUCAUAAUUCCUCCUUGCAGUUAUGUUGUUACUUAAGUUUUUAUAUCCACAAUAUGUAUUUAGAGAUUUGUCGAUAAGCAGAAGGACGUGAUCUUUUAUGCAAUAGUGUGUGUCAUCUCAUACCUAGUUUUUGGAAAGCUUAUCGGGUUCUCGGUAAGUGAUCCAGUCUGUUAUUAUUUAGUUGUGGUUGGAGUUUGUGACGUGUUUAGUGAGAGGUUUGUAAAUUUAUGUGAACACUAUUGUUAAAUGCUUGGAGUAUACAGAGGUGCAUUAAUUUGACUUAAAACAUUAGCUUCUUGUAGUGUUUUGAAGGUAGGAUUUUUUAUAUAUGCCAUAAAGAAAUAGGUUAUGGUAUUGUAUUACAUUUAUAUACAAGAAUGUUUAUAUUUUUCAUAUUCACUUUUCUCUCCAGCAUGAAAAGGAUAAUAUUUAGGGUUUAAACAAUGUUCCUGAUUUAGGAGUGGGAGUAGAGUAUUAACAAAUUAUAAAAUCUCUGUUCUUACAUAUAGGGAAGCACAGAAAACUAAUAUUCAUAUUUUUUUUUAGGGAAUGUAUUUGCAUUUAAUUACUGGGUAAUCUUUUUCAUUGAGAGAUAGAAGGAAUAUUUGGUAAGGUUUUUCAAAAGAAGAUACAGAAAAGAAACAUACAUUGGAAUGAAGUGCCUAUAUAUGUCUUGUGUUCUUCAUAUUUUCUUCAAAACUGCAUCAUUAAUAAGAUUUUACCUGUUAUAUAAUUGGCAAAAUAGAUAUAUUGUGAAUAGACUGUAUAGUAAACAUUGGCUGACAGGUAAUGGAACUUCCCAGCAGAUAGUGAUCUGACAAUAAUGGAGUGCUGUUGGUUUUAAGUUUUGUUGUUACAUCAUAUUGUUUUCCAUUGCAUAUGGGCAUUGCUACAGAAUCCGAGACGAUGAACCUUUUCUAUACAAAAUUUAGGUCUGCGGUUGUAAACAUAUGAAACCAUCAACUUUGAGAUGGCACAUGAAGUUUGAUGUAUGCUUCAGACUUGGGAUUAUUUAUAUUCAUGAAUCAGAUCAGAUAAUUUUAUGCAUAAAAUUCACAAUCAUCACCCCCCCCCAAAAAAAAAAAAAAAUAAAAAUAAAUAAAUAAAACAAGGAACAGAUGAUAAAGCAUAGUUAGCUGAGAUGAAAGUGAUCCAAAUACUUUAUCACUGUACAAAGCAUUUUUCUGAGUGGUGCAUGGCUUUGUUUCCGUCUUGCUUCUUUCACAGAAUACCGAUACAAAAGGACUCGACUGGCACAACCUUAUUAAAACCUGAUCCCCAGUUUCUUUCGUUCGGGUAUUUUGUUGAAUAUAUACAGGAUAAGUUAUUUUGUAUUCUGCCAUUACUUUUUUGUAUAUUAUUCCAAUUCCUAGAAUAUGAUAUCAAAAUUACCAGUGUUACAGCUUUAUUGGUGAUAAAAAUGGUAUUAUGUAAAUGAUAUGUCUCAUCCUUGAAGUAAUGUAUUUUCAUCAUUGUGAUAAAUAUGUAUGAUACUGGUUUUGAUUAGAUACAUGUAUAUUUUAUGCAAAGAAAAGAAAUGUAAUAA